AGUUCUUUUUCCACAAACUGGUGUUCAACAGAUGGAUGAAACUUUCCAUGUUCAAACGUGACAGUGGCUCGUGGAUGGUGAUGUUCUUGUCAACUUUAGUCUCAUUGUUUAUUUUCUCCUUUCUCUACAAUGGAUUCCUCAGCAUUGAGGGUGACAAGCUAUCCUUGUAUAAGAUAACUUCAUACCUAGGACUGCAGAAUGACACCUUCAUGAAGGCAGCUGGAUUAGGCACAUGGAUGGGUGAUUUCAUCACAGCAUGGAUGGUAACAGACAUGAUGCUUCAGGACAAGUUGUACCCACACUGGAACAAACGUUUGAGGGAGAUUUGGAGGACUGGAUACACACGAAUCUAUUUGUUCUGGAUUGUGCUUGUUGUUGCCACGGCAGUUGUCGCCGCUGGAAUAAUAAGUGACUUUGUUAGGUGGGAUACUCUCAACAGAGACUUUGUCUCCACCAAUGAACUCUCUCGAGCCUUUCUGGCGUCUUUCAUCCUUGUUAUGGACCUGCUGAUUGUCAUGCAGGACUGGGAGUUCCCUAGUUUUCAAGGGUCCAUGGACGUCAAACUCCCUGGGGUGGACACAGCUUCCUUCUACUUCCGCUUGCCCCGGUGUCUGAAGAAGGAGAACUGGCACGUUCACAUAACAGGAAAAUGGUUCAACUAUGGCAUCAUCAUGCUUGUAAUUAUUCUAGACUUAAACAUGUGGAAAAACCAGAUCUUUUACAGUCCUUUCGCCUUUGGCCAGUAUACGGAUUCCGAAGGGUACAUUUUCUCCGUCGUCGACGAAAAAUUCUUAGAAACUGCCAACAAAAGCACUCUUUCAUACGAGUGGAGAUCAAGUAACCUGAACCCAGCUACGAAUGAAUCUUACACAACAACAGAUCCUCGUAUGAAUUCAAAAUACCUUGGGUUUGGCUUAGAAGUGAAAGGAAUUGCCUUCAUUCCUUCCAUUGUGGCGUUCAUCACGUUUGGUUGUCUAAUUUGGUUCUAUGGUCGAGAAAAGUUUGUCGUUGAAGAAGUUAUUGAGGAUUUAGAUAAAGUUGACGGUGUGGUCAUUGAAGAAGUUGAUUUUGAGAUCGAACCCGACCAAAAUGUUUCCCACAAAUCGCCCAACGGGAAUACUAGCCAUAAUGACACCAAGGAUGGAGGAGUGUCGUCAGAGCUUCCAGCUAACCAGGAAGAAGGAGAUCCGAUACUCCUCAAUGUUCAACAAAUCACUUAUGUGUAAAUCAUAUACAAACUGCCUGCUGCUGAAAGCAUGAAUUGUAGCCCAAUGAUGCAUUGUUGGAGAAUUUGGAGGGGAUCAUUCCCUCAUUCUUUCAAACUAGUUGCACGAAAUGUUCUAUCAUUUUUGCUUUUAUUGUUAUUCCAUAGCUUAUAAUGUAAAUUAAAGCUUUUGUAAAACGUGUUUCAAGGCUCAGAGAGCAUCAAAGUCGCUGCAUUUAGGUAAAACACAUUAUUUCGCAGCUCUUGUUGAGUUAUAAAUUAUUUUAAUGCGUAAUUCUAAGGCUAUCACGACUUGAAAAGCGCUGUGUUUUAAAACUCGUUUUUUUAAAGUAAAGUACAUGAAGCUCCUGUGUGCUACUUAACGGCUUAUAUAGAUGCGAUAUUUUAAUUUUGGGGUUUGCCACAAACACAAACCGCUCGUCUUAAAAAAAAAAAUCCUAUAUUAAGUGCAAGUCAUGCAAAGCAACGAUUUGUCAGACGUAAUACUUAAACUCAAUUACACCUACGUUUCUUUAAAAAUUCUAACCGUGAUAUGCUAAGCGGAAGGGUGUCAAGGAAAAAUCUAAAUUCAAAUUGCGGAUCUUUAAUUGUCCUACAGCUAUUUAUCCUGCUUCCAUAUACUUGCUGGUUGCUUUGUUGCAAGUUGUCCUCGUAAUUUUAAAACUUAAGUUGUUAUAACAGUUCUGAAUAUGGAAUGUAUAAAGCUGUUCUUUCAUUUAAGGAAUUUACUUUUUGUCAAAAUUAACAGCGCCAGGUUAAUUUUUCCUGACAUUGUUUGUUAUUUCGUGUUUUCGUUAAAAAACGACCGCGUAAUUUUUAAAACUUGCUUUUUAUGCGUGAAAUUUUUAUAGUUAAAUACUUUUCAAUGGCGUAUGAAAAGGUACAGAAUAAGCGUUGCUAACACUUUUUGAGUUAUAAUAUUUAUCAAUGUUUUAUAGCGAGUCUUCUUUGAGUAAUGAGGGCCAGACUUGUUGAGGACAUUGGCUAUUAUUAGCUUUGCGCUACCAUGUAAUACUUAGCUGAUAUUUUGUUAAUAACAAAUAUAAGGCAAUGGUUAUUGUACUGAAUAUGUGAUUUUAAAAAUCUGAAACUGAAUGAAGAGUCUACGAGUAAUUAAAUGUUGUAGUUACUAGUUUGAA